AUGGUGAGCAGCCGAAAAACGACGUCGGUCGAAGAGGAGGUGGUGGAGGUCGGGAAGGUGGUUGUAGAGAUCAAUGGAACCAUGAAUGACGCCGGAGCACGUGGUUUGCUCCGGAAGGGUGACGUGGCACAGGUGUGCCUGAGGGUGAUGUGCAUGGUGGCUUCGGUGACGGCGCUGUCGUUCAUGGUGACAGCCAGGGAGGCGAGCACUGUCUCCAUCUACGGAUUUCAGCUCCCCGUUAACUCCAAGUGGUCUUUCGCCGACUCUUUCGAGUAUCUGGUGGGAGUUUCAGCAGCUGUGGUAGCUCACUCAUUGCUGCAACUAGUAAUAAAUGUGUCAAGGCUGCUGAGGAAGUCUCCAUUAAUUCCCUCGAGAAAUCAUGCAUGGCUUACUUAUGCUGGGGAUCAGGUAUUUGCAUAUGCAAUGAUGAGCGCAGGGUCAGCUGCAUCCGGGGUAAGCAACCUGAACCGUACUGGGAUCCGGCACACGCUGGGAAUUCUGGAUGCUGGGUAUGGUAAAGUUCCAAAUGCUGGGAAUUCUGGAUGGAUGCCUAUGGUGCAAUUUGAUAAUCAGCUUGUUAGAAUGCUUCUGCUAAUAUGGUUGCUAGUAUUGGGCAAGAACUGA